AAAAUUAUCAAAUGCUACGGUGAAUGUUUAGAUCUCAAACAUAGAAAUGCACGACGUCGUCGAGCGAAAAAAUUGACAGAUAAGGAUUUCACAGGCUUAGGCUUACCUUUGACUUACACUUUCCCGUUCAGUUUAUGAGAGAAAAGUCUGUUUAUGAUUUUCUGUUCCCAAAUCUCUCCUCUUCUUCUCCCUCUUCCUUCGCUAUGUGAAAUUUGACGAAGAUAAUAAAAACAAAGCACAGACAAAAUCACAACAAUUUCUAGGGUUUUAAACUCUCGAAUCUAUUGAAUCAAACACUAUUAAGAUUCCUACUCUCUCUUGAAUUCCAUCUCUUUCCCGGGUUGUUGCAAUGCACCGCGUGGGUAGUGCAGGGAACAAUUCCAAUUCUGUUCGCCCGCGUAAAGAGAAGAGGCUUACUUAUGUUCUGAGUGAUGCUGAUGAUACAAAGCAUUGUGCUGGCAUAAAUUGCUUGGCUGUGUUAAAGUCAUCUGUAUCUGAUAAGGGUGAUUACCUCUUCACUGGGAGUCGUGAUGGCACAUUGAAGAGAUGGGCAGUGGAUGAAGAUUCAGCUACAUGCUUAGCUACAUUUGAGUCCCAUGUCGAUUGGGUAAAUGAUGCUGUCCUUGUUGGUGAUAGUACACUUGUCUCCUGCUCCUCAGACACCACCCUCAAGACAUGGAAUUGCUUGUCUGAUGGAAAUUGUACCAGGACUCUCCGUCAGCACUCUGACUAUGUUACUUGUCUCGCUGGAGCAGAAAAAAAUGGCAAUAUUGUUGCCUCUGGUGGCCUUGGCGGGGAGGUUUUCGUAUGGGAUCUUGAAGCUGCACUUGCUCCAGUCUCAAAGUCAAAUGACGCAAUGGAAGAUGAUUGUUCUAAUGGAGUCAGUGGCUCUGGUAAUUCAUUGCCCAUGACAAGUUUGCGCACUAUUAGCUCAAACAGCAACAUAACUAUGCAUACAACUCAGCCUCAUGGAUAUGUGCCAAUUGCUGCCAAAGGCCAUAAGGAGUCAGUUUACGCAUUGGCAAUGAAUGAUAGUGGAACUAUUCUUGUCUCUGGUGGAACUGAAAAGGUUGUGCGUGUUUGGGAUCCAAGAACUGGUUCAAAGACUAUGAAGCUAAGAGGGCACACUGAUAAUAUCAGGGCUCUGCUUCUGGAUUCUACUGGCAGGUAUUGCUUAUCGGGAUCUUCUGAUUCUAUGAUCAGGUUAUGGGACCUUGGUCAGCAGCGUUGUUUGCAUUCAUAUGCUGUGCAUACAGAUUCUGUUUGGGCACUUGCCAGCACCCCAACAUUUAGUCAUGUUUACAGCGGUGGGAGGGAUCUUUCUUUGUACUUGACGGACCUGGCAACAAGAGAGAGCCUUUUGCUUUGCACCAAGGAGCAUCCCAUUUUGCAAUUGGCAUUGCAUGACGAUAGCAUAUGGGUUGCAACAACAGAUUCAUCAGUUGAUAGAUGGCCUGCUGAAGGAUGCAAUCCUCAAAAGGUCUUUCAAAGGGGAGGUUCAUUUUUAGCUGGAAACUUGUCUUUUUCAAGGGCAAGGGUUUCUUUAGAAGGAUCUACCCCAGUUCCAGUCUACAAAGAACCAACAUUGAGCAUUCCUGGAACUCCAGCAAUAGUGCAACAUGAGAUUUUAAAUAAUAGAAGGCAUGUCCUGACUAAGGAUACUGCUGGUUCAGUGAAGCUAUGGGAGAUCACAAGGGGUAUUGUAGUUGAGGACUAUGGAAAGGUGUCUUUUGAGGAGAAAAAGGAACAAUUAUUUGAAAUGGUAAGCAUUCCGGCAUGGUUCACUGUGGAUACGAGGCUUGGAAGCUUGUCUGUCCAUUUGGACACACCGCAAUGCUUUUCUGCAGAGAUGUAUUCUGCAGACCUUAACAUAGCUGGAAAACCUGAGGAUGAUAAGGUUAAUCUGGCUCGUGAAACCCUAAAAGGCCUAUUGGCUCAUUGGUUGGCCAAAAGAAGGCAUAGACUUGGAUCUCAAGCUUCAGCUAAUGGGGAUGUUUUAUCUGGGAAAGAUAUUACUCCGAGAAGUCUUGGGCAUUCCAGAAUUGAGGUAGAUGGUAGUGCUGAAAAUGACUCCAUGGUGUAUCCUCCAUUUGAAUUUUCAACAGUUUCCCCUCCUUCGAUUAUCACCGAAGGUUCUCAAGGAGGUCCUUGGAGAAAGAAAGUUACUGAUUUAGAUGGAACAGAGGAUGAAAAGGACUUCCCUUGGUGGUGCCUAGAAUGUGUAUUGCAUAAUCGCCUCCCUCCAAGGGAAAAUACCAAGUGCAGCUUUUAUCUGCAUCCAUGUGAAGGUUCAGGCGUCCAGAUCCUCACCCAAGGCAAAUUGAGUGCACCCCGCAUACUGAGGAUACAUAAAGUUGUCAAUUACGUUGUAGAAAAGAUGCUCCUUGACAAACCGCUGGAUAACGUUAAUCCUGAUGGAGCAUUUGCUCCUGGAAUUGGUGGACCGUUGCAGCAUUCAGCAGUUGGAGAUGGAUCCUAUAGAACUGGAUUGAAGCCUUGGCAAAAGCUUAGGCCUUCCAUAGAGAUUUUGUGCAACAAUCAGGUCUUAUCUCCGGACAUGAGCUUAGCCACUGUGAAAGCUUACAUAUGGAAGAAAUCUGAGGAUCUAGUACUUAACUACAGGGUAGUUCAGGGAAGGUGAUUUCAUGUGACUUUUGGGAGAAGAACAAACAGUUGCUCAGUUUUCAGACUUGUAUUGGGCACAGGUGGAUUUCACUUGUGAUGAUGGAAAUCUGGUGCUUGUGUAAAAUAUUGAGGAAUACAUUGAUUCUUCAUGGAUGCUCGGUGCGAUCAGUCUUAUCAUAAGGAUCCUUGUAUAUUUGGAAAACCAAUCGAUAUCUGAACUAGCUGAGAAGAUCCUGGUUAGCCUUUUCCUUGUUGGACAGAUGGUAUAUAACUUUGUCUAGACAUCAUCUAGACUUUUUUUGAUGGACAUUGCACAGCCCUAGGGCAUACAAUGCGGCAGUACAAGGGUUUGUGACUGCUGAAGAAGUAUGGCAAGUGUUCCUAGGAGGGGUUCCAAAUUAGAGUUAUGAUGCCGAAAGCUUUGUAGAUUUGUAUUGUUGGGUACCAAUUACAAUACAUAGCCAUAGAAACUGUUACUAAGGUUUUCUUUUUCUUCUUCUUUUUUUAAUUUGUUCGUUUUCUUUUUGUGGAAAUAAUACUAUUCCCCAUUCAUUUUGAUCUAGUCAUUAUAUUUUUCUGCCUACAA